AAAAAUGUUAUAUUACUUCCGGUAAGUGACGUCAAGUAACCAAUCGAAACAACCGUUAAACGGAAAUGAAAUGAAAAAAAAUUCUGUGUGGAAAUUUUUAUUGAAGAAGACCAUGUGUCUGUAACCUGUUUAUCACGGAAACGAGUUCCUAAAAUAAGCCAAAAUACUUGUUGUCCACAUAAAAAAAACAGUGCAUAUGUUGUGGUUUAGUGUUAAUGGAGACAAAUGCAGUGACUUUCGGUGACUUAAAAUACAAAUUAAUUACAAUUAAACCGAUUUCGUUUGUCAUAGCAUGCAUUACCGGGAUUCUUGUAGUAUUUUAAAUGCCGGUAUAAAAUUUACGUGUUACCUAAACUCUGGGUUAAAAGUCAAGAGAAAAACUAUAGGCCGUGUAAGCAAAAUGGUUACAAAGAGAGAAGAGACAGUCGAAGGGCAGAGCUUAUUAACCGAAACCAUUCUGGAACGUCGUACAUUUCAAAUUUGGUAGAUUUCCACUGUAACAUUCGCUACUUUUAAUUUACACGAGGACACAAAAUGGACUGAAAUUUAUCAUAAAAGAAAAAUCGUAAAAGUAAUGGCCGUAAAAGACACUGAAGAAUGAGUGAGCAGCGGGAAAUAGAAGUAUCAGUGGUUAGUACUCCUGAAACAAGCCAAUGCUCAUCGACAAUGGGAUCACCGGGGCCAUCACCACAUCAUCAUAUCACCACCUCGACAACAGGUACUACAGGCCCGGUAUCCUUCCACCCAAUCAGCCGGACACCAGCCUCACCUCCGGCAAGUCCCAACAGGAAGUCCCCGUCGGGUCCGAGAGCAGGGUCGCCUUCCUCCAGCGUCCAAGCAAAGGCUUCAUCACCCCUGUACACAUCGUUCUCAAUAUCCAGUAUACUGAGCAGGACUGAGCCGGCUAAGAAACUGACCGCUUCCCUGGGUCCCCUGCAGCAAAUCCCGGCCCAACAUCCGAGCGUUGUGGAAGCGGCUGCUGCAACCCUGCAUCCCUGUGCGGACACCGCCAUGCUGUCCAGGCUGGGGCUCAUGACCCAUUUUGGCGCUUUGGCAGCAGCAGCGUCUGGAAGAAGCCCCUUUGUUGCCGUGUACCCUCAGUCCACUGUGGCAGAUAACAAGCACUGUCCAUGGUAUGCAGCUUGGGCCACGGCAAGGGUGCCUCACCCCUCGGCCAUUGCAGCGGGUGUGACUGUUCCAGACAGGCCGAGUCCUACUGGAGGGUCCACAACAACAAACGACGAAACAAGCCCACCUGCUUCGCCACGAGGAGACUCCGCUAUCGUCACAUCCAACAUGGCGGAUAAUAGACGUAGUCCGUCUUCCCCUGAGGACAACCACUUCGAUGGCACAACAGCGGCUACCAGAGAGGAUCGCUGUUCUAGUACUCCUCGGAGCAGUCCGGGGCUCUUACCCACAUCCUCCCAUGCCCCCACAACGGGACACCUCACAACGAAUCAUCACCACCAUCACCAUCACCUCAGUAAUAUCUUGGGCGGCCACUCACAUCAUCAUCCUGCUUUCUUAACAAGUGACUCGUACCUAGGCAGCUCCGGGAUACACCUCGCAGGGAGACCCAAAUCGCCGCAGCCCUUCAGCGUGCACCAGCACACGAGAGAACACAAGGACAUGGAGAAUAUGGAGAUCGAGGAGGACGCAGAUGAGGACGACGACUACGAUAGUAAAGACGUGAAAAAGGAAAACGGCUCGGGUUCUAGCAAUAGUAACAAUAGCAGUGCAAACAACAAUAAUAACAAUAACAAGAGAAAGAAGAAAACGCGCACUGUUUUCUCAAGAAGUCAAGUUUUCCAGUUAGAAUCGACAUUCGAUAUGAAACGAUAUUUAUCGAGUUCUGAACGUGCAGGUUUAGCUGCGUCCCUACAUCUAACAGAGACUCAGGUAAAGAUCUGGUUCCAGAACCGUCGCAACAAAUGGAAAAGGCAACUGGCUGCCGAGUUGGAGGCGGCCAACAUGGCGCACGCCGCCCAGAAGCUGGUUCGAGUUCCCAUACUGUACCACGAGGCGGCAGCAGCAGCAGCUGCUGCACUGGGGGCUAGUGCUGGCAGUGGUGGCAACCACCACCACGGCGUCCCACUGCAUCACCACCAUCAUCUGGACGGAGGCAGCGCUAGUGUUGCCACGUCUUCAGCUACUACUAUGUCAUAUCCGCCGCCUCUGUAUUACCAUCACCAUUCCGUGGCUGCAGCAGCAGCUGCGCACAGUUUACCUCCUAGUCCUGUAGCGACCAGAGCGCCAUUAUCUAGUCUGGUGUAGGAAACAAGAACUACAUUUAUCAAUACAGGAUAUCCGGAUGAAAGGUGUCCAAAAUAAUUAUAUCUCA